AUGACGGACGGUGCGAGACAACGGAGCAGCACGUCGGGCUCCUCCAAAGACGCAGCUGGAGAGACAUCUGGAGGAGGUGGAGGAGUGGCGCUCAAGAAGGAGAUCGGUCUGGUGAGCGCCUGUGGCAUCAUCGUUGGUAACAUCAUCGGCUCAGGUAUCUUCGUCAGUCCCAAGGGAGUGAUGGAGAACGCCAGCUCCGUAGGCGUGGCCCUCAUCGUCUGGAUCGUCACGGGCGUCAUCACAGCCAUCGGGGCGCUUUGCUACGCCGAGCUGGGCGUCACCAUCCCCAAGUCGGGGGGAGACUACGCCUACGUCAAGGACAUCUUCGGAGGGCUGGCUGGGUUCCUGCGUCUGUGGAUCGCCGUGCUGGUCAUCUACCCGACCAACCAGGCCGUGAUCGCGCUGACGUUUUCUAACUACGUCCUGCAGCCUCUGUUCCCCACCUGCUUGCCGCCGGAGAACGGCCUGCGUCUGCUGGCUGCCGUCUGCCUCUUGCUGCUGACAUGGGUGAACUGCUCCAGUGUGAGGUGGGCCACCAGAGUGCAGGACAUGUUCACCGCCGGCAAGCUGCUGGCCCUCGCCCUCAUCAUCAUCAUGGGCAUCGUGCAGAUCUGCAAGGGAGAGUACUACUGGCUGGAGCCGGCCAACGCCUUCGAGCCCUUCCAGGAGUACGACGUGGGUUUGAUAGCCUUAGCCUUCCUACAAGGCUCCUUCGCCUAUGGAGGAUGGAACUUCCUCAACUACGUCACAGAGGAGCUGGUGGACCCCUAUGUGAACCUUCCUCGUGCCAUCUUCAUCUCCAUCCCCCUCGUGACCUUCGUUUACGUCUUUGCCAACAUCGCGUACGUCACGGCCAUGAGUCCCCAGGAGCUGCUCGCCUCCAACGCCGUUGCCGUGACGUUUGGCGAGAAGCUGCUGGGAGUCAUGUCGUGGAUCAUGCCCAUCUCUGUGGCUCUCUCCACCUUCGGGGGAGUCAACGGCUCCCUCUUCACCUCUUCACGAUUGUUCUUUGCUGGAGCCAGAGAGGGCCACCUCCCCAGUCUGCUGGCCAUGAUUCACGUGAAACGUUGCACUCCCAUCCCCGCUCUGCUCUUCACUUGCCUGUCCACGCUGCUUAUGCUGUGCACCAGUGACAUGUACACCCUCAUCAACUAUGUGGGCUUCAUCAACUACCUCUUCUAUGGAGUCACUGUCGCCGGGCAGAUUGUCCUGCGUAUUAAACAGCCCGACAUGCACCGGCCAAUCAAGAUCAGUCUAAUCUGGCCGGUCAUUUACCUCAUCUUCUGGGCCUUCUUGCUCAUCUUCUCCCUUUACUCCGAACCUGUGGUGUGUGGCAUCGGCCUGGCCAUCAUGUUGACUGGCGUCCCUGUCUAUUUCCUGGGAGUCUACUGGGACAAUAAGCCACAGUGCUUCGACACCUUCGUUGAUAAGAUGACGUACUUGGGCCAGAAGUUCUGCGUGGUGGUUUAUCCGGCCGUAACUGGCAGCAGUGGCAGCGGAGACGAAGGAGAGGAAAUGAAGGAGGCCAGGUCUCCUCUGUCUAAGGAGGACGAAGACAACCACAAGUCAGCGGACUGCUAAAGUCUUUAUCUCCCACCUGCCCCAAA